CGCGAAUAUCGCACAAAGGUUGCGCCCGCGCAGUCGCCGCUCGGCAGUCGGCUGUAGUUGGCGAGGCGCGUGAGUCCAUUCUCGUGCCACGUACCGCUCCGCGCACGCGCGAUCUUCAGUUAUCCAAAAUGAUGUUAGCCGGCGCGCAAAUCGAGGAAAGUGUGUCUUACACCCCCGAGAAAGCUUCUGUAUCAAUAGCCGCCAAGGAGCCCCAGAAGCAUGUUGUUGCCCAAGGUCUUACAAGGGUCCCGUCCACGGACCCCGUGGAUAUCCAGUUCACCAACAUCACGUGCACAGUCAGAUUAGGAUUUAACAAAGGUAGCAAACAAAUCCUCCAUGGGGUUAACGGGCGGCUUCGACCGAAGCAGUUGGUGGCCAUCAUGGGCCCAUCAGGCGCGGGGAAGUCAACCCUCCUGGACGUCCUGUCAGGGUACCGGGUCACGGGCGUCGGCGGAGCUGUCUUCAUCAAUGGAAGAGGACGGAUUAUGAAAAGGUUCAAGAAGAUGUCAUGCUACAUUCAACAAGACGACCGUCUGCAAGGACUCCUCACUGUGUCAGAGAACAUGGCGCUGGCCGCUCAACUCAAACUGUCCACGAAACUAGACAAAUACGAAAAGGGUGAAGUGAUUGAAGACAUCCUCACAAAUCUGGGCUUGUACGAGCACAUGAACACGCGCGCUGGGCAGCUCUCAGGCGGACAAAGAAAGAGGCUCUCAAUAGCUCUGGAACUCAUAAACAAUCCGUUAAUUAUGUUCCUUGAUGAACCUACCACAGGUCUAGACAGUUCCUCAUGCAGCCAAGUGGUCCAGCUGUGCCAAAGUUUAGCUCAUCAAGGGCGCACGAUUGUGUGCACAGUGCAUCAACCUUCGGCCUCUUUGUUUGCCCUGUUCGACCACGUAUACAUCCUGGCAGCAGGACAGUGUCUCUACCAAGGAACCACAAAGAAUUUAGUGCCAUAUUUAGACCAAGCCGGUGUUCCCUGCCCGAUGUACCACAACCCGGCUGAUUACAUAAUUGAACUCGCGUGCGGUGAAUACGGAGAAGACAAAAUCAAACUGUUAACAACGAAGGCGGAAAACGGUCGCGUGCUUGAUUAUUUCGACGAGACUGACAUCCCCUCCAUGGAGGCUCUGAGGAAACAGAAUCCUCUUAGCGUUCUAAGAGAGCAGGAUACUGGCUCCGGGACUGAGGAAACGCCGCAGUCUAACCAACUAUCUGUACUCAUGAAACGAGGCUUCUUGAAGGCUAAAAGAGAUGCCACUAUGACACAUCUUCGUCUGAUCGUGAACGUGGUGGUGGGCAUCAUGCUGGGCAGUUUGUUCAUCAACGCCGGCAACGACUCGUCCCGCGUCCUCGAGAACUAUAAUCUGCUCUUCGCCAUUCUGAUGCACCACAUGAUGUCGCCGAUGAUGCUUACUAUUCUUACUUUUCCAGCAGAAAUGUCAAUAUUAUCGAAGGAACAUUUCAACAGAUGGUACUCACUCGGCUCCUAUUACAUAUCAAUAACCGUCGUGGAUUUGCCAAUAUCGAUAGUAUCGUGCGCGAUAUUCAGCGUGAUCGUGUACACGAUGUCAAGCCAGCCCCUGGAGGUGGCCCGUUUCAGCAUGUUCUUCGCGAUCUCACUGUACACCGUGCUUGUAGCGCAGAGCUUCGGGCUCAUGAUCGGUGCCGCCUUCAAUGUCGUUAACGGCACAUUCCUGGGGCCCACACUGUCGGUGCCGAUGAUGAUGUUCGCCGGCUUCGGAGUGACGCUCCGAGACUUGCCCUCGUACUUGUACUGGGGCUCGUACGUCUCGUACCUGAGGUACGGGCUGGAAGGAUUCAUUGGCGCAAUCUAUGGACUCAACAGGCCCAAAUUGGACUGCGAGGAAGUGUAUUGCCAUUAUAGAGACCCACAGCAGUUCCUGCUGAUGGUUGCGAUGUCGCCCGACAUGUUCUGGUGGGACGUGCUCGCGCUCACCAUCUUCGUGUUCGUUCUUAGGGUCGCCGCCUUCAUCCUGCUCAAGUGGAAACUCAACGCAGUGCGGUAAAACCGUCGAACACUCCAAGGAACUUACUUCACGAGCCUAGUUUCUGCAAUCCGUGCGGUUUCAAACAAGGAGUCACUCAAUCAUACUCAAUUCGGAUUUUAUAAUGGGCCGUGCAGAUUAUUUAGUUAUGUGGCUAUGACAUGAGUGGAUAUAGUAUAUCAAAAUUGUCCUGCGAUUCUAACAAUCGGAAAUGAAAAGUGAUAUUAGUUUGUUUCGUUUUACUCAUGGGUUUAAUUUUUGGGUGUUUCAAGAUUUUAUUGGUGUUUGAUUGGAGUCCUAAAUUAAGCAGUGGUUUGUUUUACGUGUGAUAAAAAGUGAGUCAAAAUAUCAUAAGGCGUGUAUAUUUAAGUCUGCGGAAUAAACUAGGGCUCAAUUAUUAAAAAAAACUGUGAUAUAGUCCAAAUCUAGUUCGAAAGUAAUAGAAAUUGUACAAAAUUUGUAUAUUGAAUGAGAAGCUUUCCUAAAUACGUAAGACUUUCUUAAAUCAAAUUGCCCGACAAAUAGAAUAAAUAUUUUGUUAAUAAGAAUUAAUUCCUUUAAUUUGUGAGAAGAAUUGAAUAUAGAAAAUAUUUAUGUUAUAAAGAUUAGCCAAAUAUUGCCAUUUAGAAUAAUUACAUUGCGUCUGAUUAAAAAUACCGCCUUGCCUUUCUUCCGAUUUGGAUUAAAAUGCCAGUUAAUUUAGUUUUAUUAUAUAAUGAAAUAAACUAACUUGGACAAUACCUUAGUUGUAGUUUUAAUGGACAUAAUGUAAAAGAAUGUAGGUACCUACUUCCUUAUAUUGGAUUCUUUCUAAAGCCCUUACAAGAGCAGUUUCAUGCAUACAAAAUGUGUCAAAUAUGAAAAAAUUCAAAAUAUUCAACAAUAUAGGUAUCUAUUCCAUUAAACAAACACGUUUUGUACCUACAUACAUACAUACAUACAUUGUUAGCAACGUUUACAAAUUUUGUAUAUGUAAACAUUUUUGUAUGAUAGUAUCCACUAUGGAUUUUUUAUAACGGCAAAGUUCAUUAUUAUUGGUAAUUAUUCGUCAAUAAUAAAAGUAAGUAAUUAGGUGAAGAUCCGAAUAUCGGUUAUGUUUACAGUCUAUGAUAGUGAUGUAAAUCUGUACCUACAUAUAUCGUAGGAAAGUAUAAUACGUACACAAAUAUUGUGUCAUUUAUUAUAAGUUGCUCAAUUAAUUAUUUAUUUUAUUAAGUAUGUAGUUUUAGAUAAUCAAGGGUAAGUUUUUGGUAUUUUAAAAUUGCUGACUAAGACGGUUUUUAAAAUGCCUGUGCUUUAUAUUUCACAUAUCUGUACGUAUCGAUUUCAAUAAUCGAGACUAUAUUGAUCUGAGUCCUAAUCGAUACCUUCAGUUCGAUAGCAAAAAAGGAUCAAUCACAACAAAGCUGGUUUGACUUUUCCACAAACGACUAAUUUUGAAUUUAUUAGAAUUAAUUUUAAGUUAUCGAUUGGUAUCGAUUAUUGAAAUCGGCCGGUAGUGAAAAUAUUUGGUGAUAUUUUGUAAAUAUUUUUAUAAUGGACAUAUAUUUUUUUCCUGUA